AUGUUUUCUUUCCAGCUAAAUGAUGAGCUGGUCUUUCGUAGGAUUCCUUCCUCCUCCUCAAUUUCCUUCCAACAACCGGCAACAAAUCAACAAAAAGAAAUCGCCGGCAUGGAGGGAACUAAUUCUUCUUCUUCAAAUAAAUCAGUAGUACUCGGUAAGGCUAGGAAACGGCAUGGAGAUCCUUCUUCUUCUUCUUCUUCUUCAAAACCUAAUUCAACAACGAAUGAAGGAGUAGUAGUUGAUGAUUUUAAAGAAGAAAUUAACACACAAAGAAAGUUGGUUCAUAAACAGAUCGAGAGACAGCGUAGACAAGAUAUGGCUAAACUUUAUGCUUCCCUUCGUGGUCUUCUUCCCCUCGAAUUUGUCAAGGGAAAGCGAUCUACAUCGGAUCAUAUGCAUCAGGCAGUGAAGUACAUCAAAGAUAUGCAGGAGAACAUCAAAGUCCUGAAUGUCAAGAGAGACAAGCUCAAGAAAAUUGUGGAAAAAUGCAGUAAUCAUGGGACUACUACUAGUAGUAAAAAAAGUAGCAUACUUGUGAAUCAUAAUGUGCUGCCUUAUAAUAAUAAUGGUAAUAAUAAUACAGUCUCUGUUAGUUAUUGUGAUCAUGGGGGAAUUCAGAUUCUGAUUAAUAGUUGCUUGCUAGAAGAGGGGUUCCCUCUUUCCAGGGUACUAAAAUCGAUUUCUAAAGAUGGUCAUCUUAAUGUUAAUACAUUCACAUGUACUAGAGUAAGCAAUCGGUUGCUCCACUCUAUCCAGAUUGAUGAAGAGCUGGUGAAUGAUGCAACAUCGACUGAUCUCCCCUUGUUGCAACAAAAAUUAACUGCCAUUGCUAAUAAUAACUACUGA